AGAGCCCUAAAUGUUAAGCAGAAGAGAGGGUGGCAAGAAGACGGGGUGGAGCUGCUAUUGGAGAAACCAGCACCAGCCAUGGGAAGGGCUGCCCAGAAAACCCUCAUCUCUUUACUCUGGCUAGCAGCAACAAUUUGUAAGGCUGAGGACACCUGCCCAGAGGUGAGGAUAGUGGGACUCAGCGGUUCUGAUAAACUCGCCGUUCUCCAAGGCUGUCCUGGGUUCCCUGGUGCCGCAGGAGCCAAAGGAGACCCAGGAGCUGCAGGAAUGAGAGGAGAAAGAGGUCCUGCUGGCGCCCCUGGAGUGAAAGGAGAUAAAGGAGCAUCGGGAACCCUUGGAACAGUUGGAGAGGAAGAGCUGGACAAUAUACAGUGUCAGAAAGGAGCAAAGAACUGCAAGGAACUGCUAGCCAGAGGGAACAUCCUGAGCGGCUGGUACACCAUCUACCCCCAUGACUGUAACGCCAUAACCGUGCUGUGUGACAUGGACACAGAUGGUGGAGGAUGGAUUGUGUUCCAGAGACGGGUGGAUGGUUCUGUGGAUUUUUACCGUGACUGGAGUUCGUACAAGAGAGGUUUUGGCAGUCGGCUGUCAGAAUUCUGGCUGGGGAAUGACAAUAUUCACCUGCUAACAUCCCUUGGAACCAAUGAGCUUCGUGUUGAUCUCAGAGAUUUUGACAACAAGUAUCAAUUUGCUACCUUCGGCUCAUUCAAAAUUGCAGGGGAGACUGAGAAAUACAAGCUGAUCCUUGGAGCCUUUGUUAAUGGCACUGCAGGGGAUUCAUUAACCAUCCACAACCACAUGCCAUUUACAACCCAAGACCGUAACAAUGACCAGUAUUCAGGUAACUGUGCAACAUCCUUUAAAGGAGCUUGGUGGUACCGAGAAUGUCAUUGGUCCAACCUGAAUGGAUUAUACUUGAGAGGAGCCCAUGAAAGCUAUGCUGACGGGGUGAACUGGAGGACCGGCAAAGGGCACAAGUACUCCUACAAGGUGUCAGAGAUGAAAUUUAGGCCUGUGUAGCCAAUCAGGGAGGCAGUUAUAGUAAUUACACUUCGCUCUUAUGCAGCAAUUAUAGGCCUGUCAUAUCGAUCAUUUAUCUGGAGACGUGCUGAGAUGAAUUCUUUUUAUAGCACAAUGUUUUCUUUGUCUUUCAUGUUCUGUUUUUCUGCUCACCCAAUGAGCAGUGCAGCCACUUAUGUAACAGAAAGUAGAAAUAUGAGCUCAUUAGUCAGUCAUGGAAUGGGUAAAUCUCUGCAAAGCUACUCAAUAAAUGGUUAAAUACACACGGACCCAAAGUCAUAAGUAAGGCUAGAACCCAUCGCCUUCAGCACCAUAACUGCAAACCCCUAAUAUCUGAGCUAAGUAAGUAUCUUUAGCUGUGUGUAAUGGGCCAUUUUCUUUGUAUACCAGCCACUAAGGGAAAACAUCUAAUUACACACUCAGCCACUGCAGUGCACUAGGACUAGAGCUGGUAACAAUAAGGCAAAAAUAGUUUUGUGGAAAAAAAUGUAAUUUCUUAGCUGUUUUCAUUUCAAAGGGUUGAAAAUGAACCUAUUUUGUUUUUGUUUUUACCAAAGUCCUGGUAUUCUGUGUACAAAAAACAUUUGUCAUCAUCAUGAGAACAUUUUUGAUAUAAAAAGAAAUGCUGAAAAAUUUCAGUAGAAAAUAUUGUGAAUUUUUCCAGUCAAACAAAACAUUACCAUGAUGUCAAUGAUAUUUUAUUAAAAUGUUCAUUAAAAAAAAAACCAAACAUGAUUUGUCCAUAGAUAAACUCUUAGGGUCUGGUUACACUGUGACAAAAACCCAGAGCACCAUGUCUCAGUGCCUGGAUUAGCUGAUUCAGGCUCACAGGGCUAUAAAAUUGCAGUGUUGACAUUCAGGAUUGGGCUGGAGCCUGGGCUCUGAGACUCCCCCCUUUAUGUGGUGUCAUAGCCUGGGAUCCGGCCUGAGUCCAAACAUCUCUACUUCAGGGGCUGGCUACCUUUCAGAAGUGACAGGUUUCAGAGUAGCAGCUGUGUUAGUCUGUAUCCACAAAGAGUUGGUUGGGUAAUUCUCACCUUUUCACUUUCUCUGUAAGUAAGGAUAUAUAUAUAUACACAAUCUGUUCCAUUCUAUGCACCUGAUGAAGUGGGCUGUAGCCUGCGAAAGCUUAUGCUUAAAUAAAUUUGUUAGUCUCUAA